ACCACUGUCUGCAGUACGGUCCUGUCGAUUCUGCUGCCUCCUCUGGGUGUUUUUUGGAAGUGUGGAUGCGGAAUUCAGUUGUUCAUCAACAUUGUUUUGACAAUUUUGGGCUACUUUCCUGGUGUGAUCCACGCUAUUCUCAUUAUUUGUAUUGAUUAGCAGAUGCAUAUAUAGGUGGUGGCAGGAAACACGCGCUGUAUUACGAAGCUAUCGGUAAUGGUUGAUUGUAUGGAAACUCUUAAUUGCCAAGAAGUCUAUGCUUGGAUAUAAAAUGUGAUUUAAAAUAGUUGACUGCCGU